AUGCGAGAUCCACCUUCUACUGAACAGGAAUUCCCCAUGCAGGACCGUUGGAGGGAGGAUGUUGUGGAGCCAACAAGACGGUCAGAACGAAUGUCUUGGAUGCUUGUUAGUUCCGCGCUGGCACUUGCGCACGAACUCGGUGUGUUCGACUCAAGAGACCAUGUGGGCGACGCGAAAGGACAGGAUCAGAUUGCAGGUCCAGACGUUGAAAGCUAUCUCCAGGAUUUGGGGCUCAGACGCCAGCGUCUUCCGUCGUUGCUAUUUGUGACUGUGAAUUUACUAGCAUCUAGAAUCGGCUGCACAUCUAUCAUGCCGGAUCACUCUAAACAAUCGAGCCUUGAUAGGGUUAUGGUCGUCGACCCUGAAUGGGCGAUAUUCAUGAACUCGUGGGUAGAUCUAACAGGGUUGACUCGGACGCUGCGAGAAACAUUCUUCACUGUGAUCAAGAGCAAUGACACCCAGUGUAUUGAUUUUGAGUCUCUAGAGCAAUGGAAAAUACAGCUUGCAGCUUGGAAAGACCGUCAUCACGACGUUGAGAAAUUUCGCUAUGAUAAUAUCCUCCAAAUUGAGUACCAAUACCUGAGGGUUUUUGCCAGCUCCCUUGGAGUCCAGGGUAUCGUUGAACGCGUGCUAUCCGACACGCUCCCGCAAGGAACAAUCGACGCAACGUUUGUCUCGCAGGCACGUCAACUCAAUAUGAGCAGGAAUGAGUAUGAGUUUAUUGAAGAAGUCAUCGAUGGGGCCUGCGUAAUCCUGACACGUAUCGUAUCGCUCUCGGACCCCCGAUGUCUUCCGAUGAGGGUAUUGUCGCGCAUGAUAAGCUCCUCAAUAUUUCUUCUCAAAGCGCUAGCCCUAGGCGUGCGAAAGACCAAGUUACAAGAGUCUCUACACUUGCUGGAUGCGGCAAUAGCUGCUCUUCUUUCUAACCCACUAGAUGAUAUCCAUCUUGUCUCAAGAUACGCCACGCUGCUCAAGACCCAUGUGUCGCGCUUGCGACAGACAUUCGUUAGCUCUGGGCGAGUGGAGAGCCAGAGUAAUGAACCAAGCCAGGAUGAAACAGACGAUACUAACGAACUAGAACAGCCGCCCCAAGCAGAAAUUACAUGGGAUCCUGAUUUGAUGCACUGGUCUGACCAAGUUGACUUCAACGACUGGUUGUCUCUUCCGUUAGACCCCCUGAUGGCCCCCUUCGGAUCCUGGGAUGGGGGCCAAGGGGAUUUAGGGCUAGAUUCCGACUGUUUAGACCUGGACUUUAUUUGGAAUCUUCCUCCAUAG